AUUGUUUGGUCUUGUAAUGGUUAAUUUUGUGUUGUUUUCAAUGACAAACAAACAAACAAACUGAAUGAAAGAAUAAUUAUAACAGAAAAACUAMCGCGCAUGCGCUUUAAGAACGCCASGCYCAUGCGCAUGCGCUCUGAYGACGCCAGAAAAGACUUUUGGGAAACGUAGUUUGAAUGUUCGACACAAGUUACAAAACAGCCUCACGUUGUUCAUGUAACUGGUUAUGUGAAGAGGACUAGGUUGUGUCCCUCUCAGCGCUGUUUGUAGAAGUUAUUUGUUUUUAUUUACUGCGGUUAAGGCGGUCAAACKUUGAGCUUCACGCCCUGUAUGCUACUCUGUUGCUCCUCUCUGUCCUCGGCUCUCAUCCAGCGGCUGCAGCCGAAGAAGCGCACCGUCCUCCUCCUCCGGACCCAGCUSGAACCGAAGCUCUCUUUCUCCGGUUCAUUCGCAGGUGAAGCCUUCAUCAUGGCAGACAGGAAGCGCAGAGCUGCCGGCGGUAAGGAGUCCGGCACCAAGCGGCAGAAGGUGUCCGAGGAGGAGGAGGAGGAGGAGGUGAAGAAGGAGAUCAGCUUCAACAAGAAGCGCCUGCGUUUCAUCACCGACACUGAGAAGAUCCGGCAGGGCUCUGAGGGUCUUCUGUACUGGAUGUCAAGAGACCAGAGGGUUCAGGAUAACUGGGCUCUGAUCCAUGCCCAGCAGCUGGCUGCAGAGGAGAAGCUGCCUCUUCACGUCUGUUUCUGUCUGCUGGUGCCCAAAUCUGAGCUGUCCACCCUGAGACAUUACAGCUUCCUGCUGAAGGGUCUGCAACAAGUGGCCAAG